AUGGUGCCGGGCGAGGCGGCGCCGCUCGGGCCGGGCUCGCCGCGGGGCAGCGCCGAGGGGGCCGCGGCGGGCAGGAAGCAGCGCGCGGCCGCCCGCAGGAAGGCCUUUUCCCUGUUCGUCAAAGCCAAGGAGGUGCCGGCCGCGUCGCGGUGUCCCGGCGGCGGAGAGGGCGUGCGGUGGCGGUGCUGCCGGCAGGCAUUCGAGGAGCUGCCCGGCAUCCACAGGCACGUGGCCCUGCACCACUCCGGGGACGUGGGGCGGCAGGCGGGGCCGGCGGAGGCCGCGGGCAGCCCCCCGGGCAGCGCGGCCCGGCCGAGCGGGCACUCCUGCGGCAGCCCCGAGAUCUCCUGGACGCUCCCGGACACCAGCCACGUCAGCCAGGAGGACCUGACGAGCCAGGUGGGAGACGUACUUCUCUAUUACUGUUACUGUGAGGUGAGGGAUCCAGAGAAACUCUGUGCUUGGCAAAAGGCCUUGUGUCAGCAUCUACAUCUCACUGGCAAGGUACGAGUUGCUUCAGAAGGAAUUAAUGGGACAGUUGGUGGAAGCAAAGUAGCUACCAGUCUCUACAUUAAAGUUAUGCUUUCCCAGCCUUUGUUCAAAAACAUUUUGUGUCAAGAGGAUUUCAAGAGCAGUGCAGGAGGAGCUCACUGUUUCCCAGACCUUCGAGUUGGAGUAUUCAAAGAAAUUGUACCUAUGGGCAUUGAUCCAAAGAUAGUGUCUUAUAAGGAAACUGGAAUCCAUUUAUCCCCUCAGGAAUUUCAUAGAGAAGUAGAACAGUAUUUGUCUCAGGCCACUCAAGGACAAAGUGAUACCAUCUUGCUGGACUGUCGGAACUUCUAUGAAAGUAAAAUAGGACACUUCCAGGGCUGUCUGGCUCCAGAUAUCAGGAAGUUCAGCUAUUUUCCAAGCUAUGUAGAUGAAAACCUGGAGCUUUUUAAAGACAAGCGUGUCCUAAUGUACUGCACAGGAGGGAUUCGCUGUGAAAGAGGCUCUGCUUACCUCAGGAGCAAGGCAGUGUGCAGAGAGGUUUACCAGCUAAAAGGUGGAAUUCACAAGUACCUAGAAGAGUUUCCAGAUGGAUUCUACAGGGGGAAGCUGUUUGUAUUUGAUGAUCGUUACGCCAUUUGUUCCAAUGAAGAUAUCAUCUCAGCAUGCAGAUACUGUGGGGUGCUGUGGGACCAGUAUAAACUUUGUUCCAGUCAGCACUGCCGGCAGCUUGUCCUGACAUGUCCAAGUUGUUGCAACAAAGGUCUUACAGCUUGCUGUCCUGUUUGUCAAGAGAAGGAGCUCAAGGUGACUUCAAGGGCUUCAGGACAGGUACUUAAGGAGGAAUGUGAAUGUACAAGGAGACGGCCAAGGGUGCCCAUUGAACCUGUCUCACCAAGGAUGCUGGACACAGGAAAAGAUUAAGCUGUUUCACUGGUUAAUCUGGCACGUGCUCAUGUAAAGGGCUUCUGUAACCAGAUCUCUAUCCAUUAACCAGUUAGGUUUGGAAAUAAUGAAAAUAUGUCAGCUUGGAAAGUCUUGUUUAUAUGCUGCCUUUAAACAUAGAAUAUGCCCUGAAAACCAUCCAUUACUUGCCCGUAAAUUACCAGAGUGCCCAAUUCAUCACCAGCACUACAGGAUUCCUCUCUCUGGGUACAGUCUUGUAGUGUGGCCUUUACCAUGGGGAUUUUGAAGCAGAGUAUCUGCAAUGUGACAGGGCUGCUCACAGUUCAAAAGAAACUGAAGGAAUUCAAGAACAAUUCCAUUUUUUUCUUCCUGCAUGGAGAUCAACCUGUCUGACCUCUCCAAGGAUCAUGCAUCUGCUUCAGUAGCUUGUAGUAAGGUGUACAAACAGCAGAUUUAUCAGUUUGGUAUGAGUAUGUGACCAGAUUAGAUCCUGAAGAUAAGUCCACAUGCACACCAUUGACCUGCAUCUCUUGCUUUAUAGCAGUGAGAAGCAAGGUAAUGUUACCUGAAAUUACUGGCUUAACUCCUGUAAAACUGUCUGAAGGCAGCAUAAAGAGCUGGAGCAAAGGCCCAGAGACACUGUUUGCCUACCCAUACUUGUGUGACCUGUAGGAUGAACAGCAAACCUCAUCUUCUUUCCAGUGCUCAGUCUCCCUGGGAGCUGUUUUUUCCCCUCAGCUUGUCAGUGUAUGAAAUAGGCAGGGCUCAGCUCUGCUUGCACUGAAAACACCUAACAGCUUGAACCACAUUGAAACAACCACACAAAGAGGGGAGCACAGAGACUGUCAAAAUACCAGCAUCAUGGCACUGGAAGUGAUGCAUGUCUGCAUAAAUGUCAGCAACAGCUAUGAAAGGACUGCAAGAUCCUUUAUCCAGGUUAAAUAAUUCAAGUUCUGGGAAGCAUUUGUGCUUUUUAAACAUGAGUUGGGUUUUUUAAAAGCUGCAGGAUGUUUAUGCAAUUUCCAGCACUUGUUAGUGGAGAAAUUGUCUUUGAAGGGACCUACAGCAGAUGAGCUUAAAAUACUGCUCCAUGUGCUGUAUUGUGUGUUUGAUGCUGUAGAAUGUAAAGAAAGGAUUUAUUAAUAGCAUGGAAGAUGUGUCUU